GACAGCCGCCGCUAAGCGGUGGGCGCCGCCAGGGCUGAAAAGAUGGCAGUCUUGGCACCUUUAAUUGCGCUGGUGUAUUCGGUCCCUCGACUUUCACGAUGGUUGGCCCGACCUUAUUAUUUCCUGUCAGCUCUGCUCUCGGCCUCUUUUUUACUCCUGAGGAAACUGCCGCCAGUCUGCCAAGGUCUCCCCACGCAGCGCGAAGACGGCAACCCGUGUGACUUUGACUGGAGAGAAGUCGAGAUCCUGAUGUUUCUCAGUGCCAUUGUGAUGAUGAAGAACCGCAGAUCCAUCACCGUGGAACAACAUAUAGGCAACAUCUUCAUGUUUAGUAAAGUGGCCAACGCUAUUCUCUUCUUCCGCCUGGAUAUUCGCAUGGGCCUGCUUUACCUCACGCUCUGCAUAGUGUUCCUGAUGACAUGCAAACCCCCCCUGUACAUGGGCCCUGAAUACAUCAAAUACUUCAACGACAAGACCAUUGAUGAGGAGCUGGAGCGGGAUAAGAGGGUCACUUGGAUUGUGGAGUUCUUUGCCAAUUGGUCUAAUGACUGCCAGUCAUUUGCUCCUAUCUACGCUGACCUCUCCCUCAAAUACAACUGUACGGGGCUCAAUUUUGGGAAGGUGGAUGUUGGCCGCUACACUGAUGUUAGUACUCGGUACAAAGUAAGCACAUCGCCCCUCACUAAGCAGCUCCCCACCCUGAUCCUCUUCCGAGGUGGCAAGGAGGUAAUGCGGAGGCCACAGAUUGACAAGAAAGGACGAGCUGUCUCCUGGACCUUCUCCGAGGAGAAUGUAAUUCGAGAAUUCAACUUGAAUGAGCUCUACCAGCAGUCCAAGAAGCUUGCUAAGGCUGGAGACCAUAUCCCUGAGGAGCAGCUUGAGGCCCCACCUCCCACCACACAGCCACAUGGGGAAAGCAAGAAGGACAAAUAG